CCCACUGAAACAGUUGAGCUUUGCCUCCUGCCGGUUCAAUGCCAGUUUCAUAAUCCGUUCCCUCCUGUUAUCACCCACCUCUGCCUAUUUUACCGCCAAAUUUGAAAUUUACAUCGGGUAUCAAUGGACCUUGAUUUACAAUGUUGUGCUCGAAUCCUCAGCUCUUUCAAGGCCCACCACCACAUCCUACAAGGGAGACAAUUGCACCUCCUUUUCCUCAAAAGGGGUCUCCUCAAUGCUGCUGUAAACAUGACGAAUCGCCUUCUCCAAAUGUAUACGAGGUGCGGCCAGAUAUCCGAUGCUCGGAAACUGUUUGAUGAAAUGGGUGAGAGAAAUAGUUUCUCUUGGAACACUUUACUAGAGGGAUAUGUGAAACAUGGAAGAGUAAAGGACUCGUUGGACUUGUUUAACUUGAUGCCAGAUAAAAAUGACUUCUCUUGGAAUUUAAUGAUUCCAGGCCUUGUAAAAGCCAGGGAGUUAGAUGUUGCGUGUGGACUGCUUAAUGUGAUGCCGAGGAAAAAUGGGAUAGUUUUGAAUUCUUUGAUGCAUGGUUAUGUAAGAAAUGGGUGCCCAUAUAGUGCUUUAAUGUUGUUUAGAGAUUGCUUGAAACUGGAACUUGGUGAAGGUGUAUGUCGGGAUAAUUUUGUUUUGGCAACAGCUAUUAGUGCUUGUGCAGAUUUGGGAAGUUUGGAUUAUGGGAAACAGAUUCACACCCAUAUUAUUGUCAGUUUUGUGGAACGUGAUUCGGUAUUGGGGAGUUCACUUGUUAAUAUGUAUGCAAAGUGUGGUCAGUUGGACACUGCAAGCCAGUUGCUGCAUAAAAUGCAACAUGUAGAUGACUUCUCUCUUUCUGCACUUAUAUCAGGAUAUGCGAAUUGUGGCAGGAUAGAUGAUGCGAGAAAAAUCUUUGAACUUAAAACUGAUCCAUGCAUUGUACUAUGGAACUCUUUAAUUGCAGGGUAUAUUACCAAUGAUGAAGAAACAGAAGCAAUUUCGUUAUUCUUAGAGAUGCGGAAGGAAGGAGUUUCAGGAGAUUUUUCUACUUUUACCAGUAUUUUGAGUGCCUGCAGUAGUACUGGAAUUGUUAAAUAUUGUCAACAAUUGCAUUCUGACGUAUGUAAGUUGGGGUUCAUUGAUGAUCUAAUAGUUGCCAGUGCUCUUGUUGACACGUAUUCCAAGUGUCAAAGCCCACAUGAUGCUUGUGCUUUAUAUGAUGAACUCAAAGUGCAUGACACAGUCUUGCUGAAUUCUAUGAUUACUAUCUAUUCUAAUUGUGGGAGAAUUGAAGAUGCAAAAAGGAUUUUUCUGACCAUGCCUGAUAAAAGCUUAAUCUCAUGGAACUCCAUUAUAGUAGGUCUAAGUCAAAAUGGUUGUCCAAUUGAAGCUUUAAAUCUCUUUAGCAAGAUGAAUAGGAUCAAUUUAAGUAUGGACAAAUUUAGCCUUGCUAGUGUCAUUAGUGCUUGUGCCAGCAUUUCAUCUGUAGAAUUUGGUGAACAGGUGUUUGCUAGAGCUACUAUUGUUGGCCUUGAUCUUAAUCAAACUGUUUCAUCCUCCCUUAUUGAUUUUUACUGCAAGUGUGGUUUUGUUGAAAGUGGUCAAAAAAUCUUUGACCAAACCAAAAAAGAUGAUGUAGUUUUGUGGAAUUCUCUGUUGAUGGGUUAUGCGACAAAUGGUUAUGCAAUUCAAACUCUGAAUGUAUUUUAUCAGAUGACAUCUGCUGAUAUGGUACCAACAUAUAUCACAUUUAUAGGAGUAUUAUCUGCUUGUAAUCAUUGUGGAUUGGCAGAGGAGGCACAGAAAUGGUUUGAUGCAAUGAAGGAUACCUACCACAUAGAUCCUGGAAUAGAACACUACUCCUGCAUGAUAGAUCUUUUUGCACGGUCAGGUUGCCUUGAAGAAGCUGUAAGUAUCAUUGAAGAGAUGCCAUUUAAGGCAGAUGCAAGCAUGUGGUCAUCAAUUCUUAGAGGAUGUUUGGCUCAUGAGGAUAGAUCUCUGGGGAAAAAAGUAGUUGACCUAGUUAUGGUGCUUGAUCCUGAAAACUCAGUUGGAUUUGUGCAGCUAUCAAAUAUAUUUGCCACAUCUUAUGACUGGGAAAGGUCUGCCCUUGUCAGAAAGCUAAUGAAAGAUAACAAAAUCCAAAAGAAUCCUGGCCUAAGUUGGGGUGGUACUUAGUGGGAAAUACCAUAUGCCACUGCAUUUUGAGAAAACACUUGGGCUAAUAUUAAUGUUUUGAGAUUGUUUGGAGUUGCAAAGCUUUAGCAUUCUGAGCCUAGGAGGCUGAAUGUGAAACUAACUCCUUCUGGCCUAAGAUGAUGCCAAAAUACAUAUGGAUGUGCCAAACACAACAGGUCAGCUUUGCAGUUGAUUGCCUCUUGCAGUUCCGGGCUCCGUUUACUCCGCCUUCUUUCUGCCAGAUAGCAUAAUCAAUCUUACUCUGUGAAAUCUCUCUUUAUUUCCCCUCCCUCUCUCUACCUGUCUGUUCCGACUGGUUUAUGAUAGCUUUCUCUUCUUUGUAUCCUUGCCUGUCUCCACUUUCUUAUGGAAGUUUCUUUGAUUAUUUCCUCCAAAUUCCAACAGAGAUUAACGCUGAGUAUGAUCAAGUGACUAUGAUGCGUAUGCUUCUUCAGAUUCUGUUUCCUUUUUUCACUCGUAGUGCCUGAUGGAACUUGCAUCUGUUGUGAAAGCAUCAGUGUGUGAUCAAAAGGCAUGUGAACUUUGAUCUACUCUGCAGUGAGGAGCAGGAAGAUACACCUAGGUCGUGAACUAUCCAAAUUAUCUAAACGCAGCUGUUUAUGGUUCCUCCCUCCUCUCGCCUUCAGUUCACAAGAUUUCUCAAAGGUCUGAAUCUCAUCAGAGAUUAGGUGCAAGUGACAACACGCACAACGUUGGCAUUAAUCCAAAUGCAGUGGCGGAUCGGGCAAUGGAUCCAUUUUGGGCAUUUUCAUUUCUUUAUCUUUAUCCACGCCCGAGUUAGGACCAAGACUGUCAUUGCUACUAGCUUUGCAAAGGCAAGAUAGUACGAUACUGAGAUGAUCGAUUGCAAACAGUUUCCUUUCUAUGCAUUUGGUUAAUGCUAAUGCUUGGGAAAUUUCCAAGGCAGUUCUAGUCGGAGAUACCAUAGAAUAUAGAUACGAAAUGUGGAUAGGUUCUUUACUGUCAUCACAUUUCAUCAAGCUAUAUGCUGAAGUAGGAGGUUUUUUCUUUAGGUAAAGAGUAUGAAUCUGAGAACAGUAGCUGUAUGUGCAGCGGAAUCUUGCUUAAAGAUGUUGGCUUUUUGUGUCCCAACUAUUUUGCUCAUUCAACUUCAUUUCUUGAGACUCGUAAUAUAUUGA